AUGCUACCACUGACGCGUUCAUUCUUGAAUGAAUUCUCAACCGUCGCUGUUGAAGCGGUGCUGGGCCGCACAGCCACGUUGCCAUGUGACAUUGAGCCGGAAGCGAAGGAUGACAGAGUUUAUAUGGUGUUGUGGUUUCGUGAGAGCGCUGGCAAACCACUUUACAGCUUCGAUGUUCGGGGGAGAGCCUUCGAAAAGGCGUUGUAUUGGUCAGAUACAAAUUCCUUUGGACCACGCGCUUAUUUUGUGACGAAUAAACAACCUGCAAAACUGACAGUCGAAAACAUUCAAUUGGAUGAUGAAGGCGUGUACAGAUGUCGCGUCGAUUUUCAGAAUUCUCCCACACGUAAUCAUAGAAUUAAUUUAACGGUUAUUGUUCCUCCACAUCAAAUACUGGUUUAUGAUGCCUCUGGACGUGAUGUUGCCGGUGCUGUGGGCCCACUGCUUGAGGGUGACAACAUUGUGUUGACAUGUGAAGUGCGUGGCGGGCGCCCAGAACCUAUUGUCACUUGGCUAAAUGGCACCCGGCAAUUGGAGUCAGGGAAUGGUGUUUCUAUGGGUCGGCACGUGACUGUGAAUCGUUUGGAGGUGCCGCAUAUCUCACGUUCGGCAUUGAACAAUACAUAUCGCUGCCAAGCUUCGAAUACGAAGUUGGUGCCGCCAGUGGAACGUAGCAUACGUAUCGAAAUGUUGUUAAAACCCACAUCCGUGAAUCUCACAAAUAAACUGAAAGUCUUCUCAUCCGGCACUCAAUACAAUUUAACUUGUGUGGUUGCCGGUUCAGUGCCAGAUACAGAGAUACGAUGGACACAGAAUAAUCGACCCUUCAAAAGAGGAACGCUGACGACUACACAAAAUAAUGGCAAAGUCUUCUCAACCUUAUCCUUCCAUCCACAACCCGAGGACGAUGGCACAAUGCUGAAGUGUGAAGGUUCUAAUCCGCGUUUGCAGAACUCGGCAAUUGAAGACUCAGUAAUGUUGAAUGUGAUGUAUCCACCACAAGUGACAUUAUCGUUGGGCUCAACACUCAAACCGGAUGACAUUAAAGAAGGCGAUGAUGUUUACUUUGAGUGCCACAUCAAGGCCAACCCGAAGGAGCACCGCAUAACGUGGUCACAUGAUGGCAUCCCGGUCACACAGAACGUCUCGUGGGGCGUCAUCAUUUCCACACGUUCACUGGUUCUACAACGUGUGGCACGCGUACAUGCUGGCUUGUAUGCGUGUGCAGCGGCCAACGAUCGCGGUGAGACACAAAGUUCGCUGGUGAAUUUGCGUAUCCGAUAUGCGCCCGUUUGUAGCACUAAUACAAUAAUUGUGAUUGGCGCUUCGCUGGAGGAGGCUGUGCCCAUACCUUGUCGCGUUAAUUCCGAUCCACCGGAAAUUGAUUUUGAAUGGACUUUUUCAACGAGUGGUGAGCACUUUGAAGUACCGUCGGGUCAUUAUGCAACGAUACAGGAGGCCACGACGACUGGCGAUGUACAUCGAACUAUAAUCGAAGCAAAUGAUACACACUUUGAGACAUAUGUAGAAACCGUAAGCGAGUUGAUCUACACGCCAAAGGGUGAGCGAGACUAUGGCACAUUGGCAUGUUGGGGCCAGAAUUCAAUUGGCAAACAAUCAGAGCCAUGUUUAUUUCAAGUAGUGCCAGCAGCCAAGCCAGGAGCGUUGCGCAACUGUACAUUGCGUCCAUAUGUGGUGACCUCUGCCUCGCUAAAUUCAUCGAAUCAGACAACAAUGCAUGGCAAUCAGAUGCUUCCAGCACAAUAUGGGCGACACGAUUCAAAUUUUCCGCAUAUGGAGUAUGUACGUGAGCGGAAUAAUAACAAUGGCAACAACAAUAAGAGCGCCAGUUACAAUAGCAAUAGCAACAAUGCCAAUAAAAUUCACAAUUCCAAUGGCAAUCAUAAGGCAAGUGGUACCAGCAAAACCAAUAAUAAAAUCAACAAUGUUCUUAAUAAGCAACAGCAGCAGCAACGGAAAAAAAUGCCAACUACAAUGCUUCGCCAGCAGGAGCAGAAAUUGCAUUCUCAUCAACAACAACAACAACGGUCACUAGUGAAUAAACAACAGCAACAGCAACAAUUGCAACGCCUGAAAGAACGUACAUCAUUUACACCAUCUCAGACGCUGGCGGCAAUCAAGCGACAACAACAACUGCAAAGACAACAGCAGCAGCAACAAAAGCAUAACAAGGCAGCAUUAGUAGCAGGAGGAGCAACAGCAGGAAAAUCACCAGCUAAUGCUGGUGAUAGUAAAAAGUUGUUAGCAGCUGCAACGCGCAUGCCAAUGACUGACGGGGGCAUAGGAGUGCGACGUGAGGACGCUGCGGGUAUUGGAGCUGGAAUGUAUAUCAAUAACAAAACUGAUGGAUUACCCACGAAGAUGCGAGUGGACAACAAACAUCGAGUGAAACGUGCUGCUGAUGAGCAUGUAUCAACAACUACACAACACAACACCAACAGCAACAACAAUUCCAUUGCAAAGUACAAGCAAAAGAAGAAGAUGCAUAAGCAGACCUUGCCAGUGAAGGAGCUGCGGCUACAGCAGUCAAGAAAGCUAACUGCAAAGCAGCAGACGCAGAAGAAGAUGAAUGCGAACAAAAGGCAAAAAUCAAAUUUAUCACUGCCAACAGUUGCUCUUGGCGCUGCGACUGUCAUCAUCAAUGGCGGCAAUGCGCCGAACAACAAAAACAACAACAACCAUAACAAGCAAACGCCAGUAAAAAAGUACUACAAUUGGCGGCGAAAAAAUACGCACAAACGUGAUGUUGCAGCAGUGAUGAGUGAAGUAAUCCAUCAUUCAACGCUUAUGGCAUCAGCAACUUCAAAGGAAACGAUAAAAGGAGCAAACAGCGCAACCGUAAAUGAUGCAGCUGCUAAAGCGUCAGCCGCAUUUCGUCUAGCAAAAAGAGAAAUAACAACUGCAACGCCAAAUGAGUACGACCCACAUGCAACAUAUAUCGGCCAGAUUCGAGAAGAUUUAACGACAACAAUAGCACCUGUAGCAGCAGCUACAACCAACAACAACAACAUAACCACUAUUAGCAGCCCCCUUACCUCGCCAACUGGCAAUUUCAUCGACUCAACGCCAAGUAAUCAAGCGUACCAACAAAAUCUGCACCAGCUAACUCAAAGACAGCUUCAGCUACAGCAACAGCAACAGCCGCCCAUUGCCACUGAUGAUUUACCUGCGUCGGCCACAAGCACGCUCGAUAAGGUACGCAUACGCAAAUCUUUGACUGCUAAAAAUGCAGGCAUAGCAGCGGGUGUUGGUGGUAGUGCCAAUGUUGGCGGCAUUAACGAACAUCACUUUUCGCUGCACAGUAAAACCACCCAUCACAUUAACAACUUUACAAACAUUUCCAACAACAAUGCUAAUGCUGAAAGCGGCAAAGCCAAUAGUCACAAUGCCCCACCCAGUGCGCCUGAAAUAAGCAAUCACGCCGUCGCUUUUCAUCAUCAACAGCAGCAGCAACAACGUCAGCAGCAGCGAUCACAAAAAGAAGUACAACAAGAGCAAAACGAUAAUCGCGACACCGAUGUUAUUGGCAUGCAACGCGCAAUUAAUGAUCUCGCUUCCAGCUCGGAUGAAAGUGGUAGAGCAGCAGAACUUUUUGGCAAUAAAUUUGCUUAUGAAGACGAUGUAGGCGAUAUUGACAUGACGGUUGAUGAAGUGGAUGCUGGCGCAGACAUAGAAACUGUGCUGGAAGGUGAAGUGGAUAUUAUUAACGCCGAAAACGAUGCUGAUGCUGACGAAACCGACGAUGCUGAUGAUACGGACAUAAAUGGCGCUAUUGAGUUGGAUGAAGAGCUAUUGCCACCCACACUGAGCGCUUUGCAGAGUGCAUUUCAUUUGCCAGUCGAUGUGGCUGAGCCGUCAGAUAUGCCACAUUUCGAUUACUCACGCAUGGAGUAUAGUUUCAGUAAUGGCAUUGCUACGCAUAGUCUGGUUGGUGGAAGCGGUAUUGGCUUGGAUGGAAUUACCAAUGGUAAUGGAAAUGGUGUCGGCGGCGGCGGCGUCGGUGGGGGUGGUGGUGGUACAAUUAAUCUCGAAAAUUACGAUAACAUUGUUUACUCGACAAUGGAAUUAGAAUGUAUGCCAGGAUAUGAUGGUGGUCUGCAGCAACAGUUCUUUCUGGAGGCAUACGAUUCGAAGACAAAGAAGCUGCGUUUAAACACAUCGAGCACAUAUGCGGAUAUACCCAUCUUUCGUAUAGACUUGAGCGAUUUAACUUCCAUGGACUAUUAUCCCGAUCCUAAUCCAGCGCUUCAUCUUGUCGUCUACAGCGCCAAUCAAAAAGGACGUUCGGAACCUAUUGUACUAGAAAAUAUUCCAAUAAAUGAAGCCGAGAAACGUACAGAUGGACGUAUGGCUUCUAUCCUACCUCUCGCUGCUCUACUUACCGGCACUCUAUUCACAGUGGGCGUUGCAGUACUCUUCGUUGUGGUUAUUGCCGUACGCAGGAGACGCUGUCAAGGUGGGCGAAAUCUUUGCGACGACAAGGAUAAACAUUUGGGCAUGGAUGUCACGGUGACUGCUCCAUUGGAGACUGGAGCCGGUCAUCAACGGCUAGUCGUCGCGUACACUCUCAAACAGGGCAUCGAAAAACAACCAGAUAUUUUGAGUGCGCAAAAGAGUGCAACCGGCAGUGAUACAUCAUCACCGCUGGGAAAUAGACCUGGUGGUCUAUACCUCGGCGGUAAUGGAGCAGCCGGUAGUAAUUGCGGCGUAACUGGGAAUAAUUCAAACUUUACCACUGUAGCCAGUACAAAUGCAACGGCGGAUUAUGACACCACCACCAUCAGUUACAACGAUCCAAGCAAUACAAACGAUCCACUCAACAGUCCACCUUCACAAUCAAGCACCUUAAAAUUAGGCACCGAAGUACGCAAAAACUAUCAAAGUCCACAACAACCACUACUCUACGAUGCGUUGCCGCUAAAUAGACAUGACAUCUCACGAUACGAUCCGCUUGGCCUCAACUAUGGUGGCAGCAACAGCACACUAAAUUCCGCAGGCAGUACCGGCACCGCUUCAAAUAACAUAAAUAAUUCACAAUCCGCUGGAGCGACGUCGUCACACCCGUUAAUACAAAACAAUCUCAGCAAUGGGCAUUAUGUCAAUCACCAUACAUUGCCACACCCUUCCACAACAGCUGCACAUUCAAGCCUCCAUCUUAUGCAACAGCAACAACAACAACAACGUCAAUCAACAUUGCCGGCCGAUGAGCAACUAUCGAUUGCCGAUUAUCUCGCAGCGAGUAGUCUAAUCGAUUAUAAUUUAAGUAAAGCAGCUGCGGGGCUACCACCCGGCAUGACAACUAGCGCUAGCGGUAGCGGAAGUGGUCACAUGACUUUGCCCAAAGGCAUAGGCAUAGGCUCAAUACUGGGCGUCAGUGGCAGCAAUGGCGCGCUACUAUCACAAAGUUCGCACACAGCGAACAUUACACCAACAGCAACGAUUACACAAAAAACGAAUGCAAAUCGGAAUCAUAUUAUUACAGAUACACUACCGGGUCCUGAGAGUUGUGUUUAAAUUGUGUAGAGUAUAAAU